AUGUUCCAAAGCCGUCAAUCGGUCCGAUUCAGGCAUGUCGCGGUCAACGCAGUCAACGCAAGUAUCCUGUUGCAGUUCAUCUCCCUUUGGCUCCUAAGCGCGUCGAGCGCCGUAUACGGACACAGAUACGAGCGGGUACACGUGGCGCACAAGCGCCUGAGAGGCUCGGCAGCGUUGGAUGAAGCAGCAGCGUUCGAGGAGUGGCAGGUGGACGCUUCCCGCGUCGUGCAGAUCUCCAUCCAGCCCCGGGCGUUCGUGUACCACGGAUUCCUCUCCCAUGCGGAGUGUGAUCACCUCAUUGCACUGUCCCAGCAGAAGCUGCUCCGCCCAGGCAUGCUAGCCAAUGGCACCUUUCUCCGGAAAUAUCAGGACGAGCGGGUGAGGGCUAUUGAAGACCGCAUUUCAUCGUGGAUCUUCCUCCCGCGCAACCUUCACCUUCUCCCCAUCCCCCAUUAUAGCUAUUGCGCUAUCACACGGGCCAGCAAUUCGACGUGUAUUGCGACUACUUCCAACACGAGGAAACCGGAGGAGAGGCAGUCACUGCUCGCUCUUGACAUCACCCACUGCGUCCACUCGCCCCACCUCCCCUCUCAGAGCCCACGGGCCCACUUAAUGCUCUACAAUAGGGGCCAGCACUUCGACGUGCAUUCCGACUACUUCCAGCACAAGGAGGACCGGCAGGACUGGCAGCUGAUGCGCUACAAUACAGGCCAGCAGUUCGACGUGCAUCAUGACUACUUCCAGCACAAGGAGGACCACCAGGUGCUGCACCGGGCUGCAACACUCGUCCUCUUCCUCUCAGACGUGGAGCGGGGCGGCGAAGUCACUUUCCCCAAAGGCAAGCCUGAGCGCGAUCAGGACUUUGGGCCCGUCUCAGACUGCGCUAAAGGCCGCAUUGCUGGUGAGGCGCAUUGCACCGCUCUGCACUCCUCCUCCUCCUCAACCCCCCCCCCACACCCCUGGGAUAGAGGCCGCACUGCUGUGAGGCCGCGCAAGGGCAAUGUGCUGCUCUACUUGCACCUCUUCCCCAACGGCUACAGCGACCCCAGGGCACACCGGGAGGACUGCCCUCUCUUGAGCCCACGCAAGGGCAAUGCGCUGCUCUACUUCCACCUUUCCCCCAACGGCUACAACGACCCCAGGGCAUACCGGGAGGACUGCCCUCUCCUCCCUCCCUCCCACCCAACACCCUCUGUGGGGACGAGCUUGGGGGGGCUUUUUAGGGGAAUGAGGGGCAGCAGUGGGAGCGAUGGCAGUGCUGGUGCAGGAGGCAGCACGGGCGGCGGCGCGGGCAGCGGUGCGGGCGGCAGGCUGGAAGCAAAGUGGACGGCGGAGAAGUGGGUGCACAUGUUCAAGUACAUGACGCGGCGAAGCCUUUUGGACUGUACUGACGAACACCCCAACUGCGCCAUGUGGGCGGCGGGCGGCGAGUGCAAGAGGAACCCAGGGUACAUGGUGGGAGAAGGUGGGUAUGUGGGGAAUUGUCGCAAGGCGUGUAAAGUUUGUAAUGACUGA